AUGAAAAAACAAAGACCUGCUGAGACGCAUUAUGUGACACACUCAACACACUCAACACACUCACACUCGCACUCAACACACACAAAACAGCGGUCACACUCGCAUGUGGAAGUUGACAUAUCACAAAUCAAUGCAAAGAGUUUCACUUUCCGUGAGCUAGCAACAGCAACAAAGAACUUCCGUCAGGAGUGCCUUCUAGGAGAAGGUGGGUUCGGAAGAGUUUAUAAGGGAACUCUUCAGUCGAGUGGGCAGGUGGUGGCUGUGAAGCAACUCGACAGAAAUGGAAUGCAUGGAAACAAGGAAUUUCUGGGAGAGGUUUUGACACUGAGCCUCCUACACCAUCCAAACUUAGUUAAUCUUAUUGGAUAUUGUGCCGAUGGAGAUCAAAGGCUUUUGGUCCACGAAUUCAUAUCAGGCGGCACUCUAGAAGACCGAGUUCUUGAUAAUCAAGCAGGUAAAAUGACUUUAGAUUGGUACACGAGGAUUAAAAUAGCUUAUGGUGCUGCUCUGGGAUUGGAGUACUUGCAUGAGAAGGCCAAUCCACCCGUUAUAUAUAGGGACUUCAAAUCUUCAAAUAUCUUGUUAGAUGAAGAAUUCAAUCCAAAGAUCUCGGAUGUUGGACUUGCCAAGCUUGGCAAUGCCGGAGAUAGGAUGCAUGGACCAUCAAGGCUGAUGGGCGCCUAUGGUUUCUGUGCUCCAGAGUACUCGAGAACUGGUGAAGUCACAAUGAAAUCGGAUGUAUACAGCUUCGGAGUUAUUCUUCUGGAGCUAAUUACUGGAAGAAGAGCCAUUGACACUACAAGAGCAAAUGAUGAGCAAAACCUAGUUGCUUGGGCACAACCCUUAUUCAGGGACCCAAAAAAAUAUCCAGAUAUGGCCGAUCAUUCUCUUAACAAGCAAUUUCCGGAGAAGGAACUAAAUCAGGCUGUUGCGAUAGCAGCAAUGUGCCUGCAAGAGGAGCCAUCAGUCCGGCCCUUCAUGAGUGAUGUUGUAACAACUCUAAGUUUUCUUUCAACAAGUCCGCCUCCUCCUGAGGCUACUCCUGCUCCUGUUCCAGCUUAUACAAUCCAGGAUGGUAACUCUGAAUCUGACAGUCUUUCCGACGAUGAUGAGAGCAAUGAGGAGGCUUCAGACAGUGAUAGUAUCAGAAGUGCACACAAUAGCCGCCGCCAUUAUGCUAAUGACAACUCAAAUAAGGAUGUUUAUGACCAAAAUUUGCGUCAACUAAGUGGUGUUGACUCCAAAGAAUGGCAUUCAUUUGAGAGAGACGAUGCCGCUUCUUCAGGUGACCAAAGAAGUAAAAGCAAGAGCAACAGUGAUCAAGGUACUAGUUUCAGCCAAGAUAAAUAUGGAAGUGCUACUUCUAGAAGCAACAGUGAAGAAUCCAACGAAGCAGGUAUUUCUCAUAGCAACAAUAGAGUACCACAAAAAGAAGAGACUACUGUCACAAUUGGAGGAAUUACGAGCGCAGAAUCAACAAAUGGAAACUCUAAAUCUGUCAAUUUCUUGGACCGCACCACCAGCCGCAGGGCAACCUGA